GCCAUCUUGAGCAUAUGAUCAUUGUAGUGAACCUCGUGAAAAAUCUGUAUUAAAUUUAGUAUAACUUUCCUAAUUAUAUUAAAAGUAAAAGAUGGCACGUACCAAGCAGACUGCUCGUAAAUCCACAGGAGGUAAAGCACCUCGUAAACAGUUGGCCACCAAAGCGGCGCGAAAAUCAGCACCUAGCACUGGAGGCGUGAAGAAGCCCCAUCGUUAUCGCCCGGGUACUGUUGCUCUCCGAGAAAUUCGUCGUUAUCAGAAAUCUACCGAGUUGCUGAUCCGCAAACUGCCGUUUCAGCGACUUGUGAGAGAAAUUGCUCAAGAUUUCAAAACUGAUCUUCGUUUCCAGUCUGCUGCCAUAGGAGCUUUGCAGGAAGCCAGUGAGGCUUACCUUGUAGGUCUCUUUGAAGACACCAACCUGUGCGCGAUUCACGCGAAACGCGUCACAAUCAUGCCAAAAGACAUCCAACUGGCACGACGAAUCCGUGGUGAACGCGCUUAAGUUUAGCUUUAGUGUACCUUAUAAAUUAUUUGUAAUUCGAAUAGACAUAAAUUCUAUAACAUUUUUUUUAUUAUGUCUCACAUUUAAUUCAUUUAAGUAACAUCGUAAUCAUUAUUGUAAGGAGGCAGCAGAACUGAAUUUUUUAUAAAUAUGUUCUUAUUCUAUAAGUUUCUCGUCUUUGCAAGGGAUGCUGUUAGGUGCAAAAAAUGCAUUGUAGCUUACUACAGACCAGUAGCAGCAUUCGCUGCAUUGAUGUAGUCUUAUUUUAGUGACUCAUGGUUUAUCUAAGUAGUGUAAUGGGCAAUGUCGUUGACCAUGUCUGAGAAUAUUCUGUACUUUAAGUAAUUUUAUGCACUAAUGUAAAUGUGUAUUGAGAACUUGGUGUUAAUAAACAAUUAAAAUCU